CCCUGAUCCUGUCUGUUGCUAGGUGACACACACUGCUGCUCGGCGCUCCAGCCUGAUUGGGCGCCGUCUUUCGGCGAUCGGCUGCUCUCCCCUGCCGGGACCCAUCAUGGAGUCGCAGUGCGAUUACUCGAUGAUCUUCCCGGCAUGUCCCCUGUUACCGUCAGACCUACCGGGCCGGUACCGGUCCCUCCCCCGCCGCAACCACCUCUACCUGGGCGAGUCGCUGAGGUUCCUGCUUGUCCUGCGGCUCCGCAGCCCCGGGGAGGUCGCACAGGAAAGGGCGGGGUCCGAGGCCUGCUGUGGCGGUGACAGCUCUCAGGAAAGCCCGGGGUCUGAGGCCUGCUCCUGGGCGCCGCUGGCGGCCUCUCUCUCGGCUCUGGCCAGCGUGUGUCCCGGAGAGGAGGAGCUGGAGGAGGAGGAAGAGGAGAGCGGCGACAGCCCGGGCAGCUACCGGGGGUGCAGGGCCAUCCUCAGCCAGCAGCAGCCGCAACCGCCAGCGGGGAGCGCCCCAGGGACCACAGUUACAGACCCCGUAGUGUCUUGUGAUGAAGUCAUCUUUCCCCUGUCUGUGUCCUUAGACCGUCUGCCGCCCACGACGAUCAAAGCUAAGAUAGUGGUAACGGUCUGGAAACGGGACACGGAGCAGUCUCGGGUGAAAGCACUGGGAUAUCGCUCACUGUUACUGAAUUCUACUCCAGGUCAAAUUUUCAAAGAGGAGCAGGCAACGUUCAAGGCUCAAGUGAGUACCCUCCUCACCGUGCUCCCACCCCCCACCCUCAGGUGCCGUCAGAUCAACGUGUCCGGGAGACACCUCACCGCUCUGAAAGUGUUGAACACCUCCUCUCAGGACGACCUCUGUAUUCGGGAUGUACGGAUACUCCCCAACUUCAAUGCCAGUUACCUUCCCGUCAUGCCGGAUGGAUCUGUCCUGCUGGUGGACGACGUUUGCCACCAGUCAGGAGAUGUCAGCAUGGCCUCUUUCUUGCGUCUACACAGCUGCUCCUCCCAAUUACCCAGUAUGCUCUGCUCCCUGGAGGAGCACAACUUCCUAUUCCAACUGCAGGCAGGAGAGCGCCCCCCUGAAGAUGUGAAAGAGGGUCUGGAGGUUCCUCUAGUCGCUAUAGUUCACUGGUCAACCCCCAAACUGCCAUUUACAUCUGGGAUAUACACCCACUACAAGCUCCCAAGUAUUCGUCUGGAGAGGCCACGUUUUGUGAUGACCGCUCGCUGUGACUCCCCGGUACAAACGCACACGCCAUUUCACGUUACCUACACCCUGCUGAACGAUCUGCAGGACUUCCUGGCUGUCAGACUGGUCUGGACUCCAGACACCAACAUGGCACUGGGUGGUAGAUGUCUGUCUGAAGAGGAGCGACGCAUCACGCAAGCGGCCCAGGAGGCAGUGGUGUGUUGCACUCCUAUUAACAGCCUGGGAUUCUGUCGGAAAGGCAGCUCGGUGACCAUCGGCGUCACGUUCAUGGCCCUGAAAGCCGGUCUGUUCGAGCUGAGCCAACACAUGAAACUGAAGCUGCAGUUCACAGCCAGUGUGUCGCAGGCCCCUCCGGACGCCCGGCCUGUCUCACGAAGGAGCAGUCCCAGCAGCCCGGCCCUCAGGGACCUGGAGAGACAGCAGCAAGGGGGCGCUCUUGGGAGGUCUCAGUCCUUUUCUCACCAACAGCCGCCACGCGGUCAGCUUAUCCGGACUGGAAGCGUGAUGGAACGGCGUGCUAUAACACCACCGGUGGGAUCCCCCUUGGGCCGUCCUCUCUACUUGCCCCCAGAGCGAGCCGCCCUUUCAUUGGAUAAAAUCGCAAAGCGCCAGUGCAAAGUUCUAGUGGUGAAUCCGGUCCAAUGACCUCACUGCGGGUUUCCAUGAAGAAGAGGAACCUCCCCGAACCACAGUGGAUGAGGGAACAAAGCCUGGGAUGAAUGUGGGACGUGGACCUUACCGGCCUGUUCUGUAGGCGAGAUUCAAGCCAAAUAGAGCCUAUACUUGGAUAAGGGAGUAAGGCCAAUGAUUUGGGCCUAGUGGAAUGCUGGAUCUAGAUGGGGUUGGGGAUAAAUAAGAGAUUGGGCUGGAUGGGGAAUUGGGCCAAAUAGGGUUUUACUGGAUGGCAAAAUGGGGCUAAACACAGCCUAUGUGACUAGGGUACUGGGGCCAAACGUAGCCUGUAUGGGCGGGGAAACAGGGAUCAAAUCAACUCGAAGCCUGUGUAAGUGGGGAACUGGGAGCCAAUCGCAGCCUGUGUGGGCAGGGAAUGGGAGCCAAUCGCAGCCUGUGUGGGCAGGGAAUGGGAGCCAAUCGCAGCCUGUGCGGGCAGGGAAUGGGAGCCAAUCGCAGCCUGUGUGGGCAGGGAAAGGGACCAAAGUUGGAGGGGGAAGGAGCUCAGAGUUCAACCUGUGGGGGAAAAAUGUCUUACCCCUUGUGGUAAAGCGAAUCAGACGGCAGAACAGACUUUGCCCCUCACUUCCACGCCGUCUGUCAGGAUUUGUUUUAUGUUUACAUGAUUGCCUGUUUCUUUUGUCAGUUUGUCUUUUUUAAUUUAUAUGUUACUGCCAUAGCCUCUGCUGGUAUUCAUUGCCCCCUGUGGCCUGGACAUAGCUCUGCGGCCGGAACGUUUUCAUUGAGCAUUUCUCCGGCGGCAACAGAUAACUGGGAAUCAGGGCAGAGGUGUUAGUCUUUAUGUGAAUCACUCUGUAGAACAGACUUUACCAUUUACUGUAAGUGAAUACACUGGAGCCCCAUCUGACUUAAAAACCCCAAAGAGGGAUGAAUGACUUUACACACUGUACAGCCCCCAGGCAGUGAUGUAACUGCCUGUAUACACUGAGAAACUGCUCCCCUCCCCCAUUUUUAUAUAGCCAAGUGCUAGAGAAGGGAGCAUUUUCUAAAGGUCAGAGAAGCCACUAAAAAAGGAGUCACAGAGAGAAGUAAAUAUAAUUACAGUUUUCAAAGUGAAGAUAGUAGUGUAAUACUGUGGAUUCCUCUGAAGGUGGCGGGGUAAGGCAACUUGUGAGAUAAUAGCACCACCUGCAGUUUGCUAUAAGGUACUGCAGCUUCCUUUUCGCAUACCCCAGCAAUGGGGACUCCUAUGACUUACAUGAGUUAAUAUUUCUAAUUGGAAACUAAGCCCUCAAAAUGAGCCUCACUCUGAAUUGUAUCCGGGCACCUGAACUCUGUUUCUGGUAUACGGAUAUAACAUAAAUUACUGUGGGAUUAGUCCCAGCAGUGAUCCUUCAGACGGGAUGGCGUUUGGAUCCCGGCAUCCACCAGGUAACAAUGCUACACCUGAUCCGUGACCUCCCUAACUCUCUUUACCCACUGUCUGACCCUAACCCGUCCCCGCAACCUAACCUUAACAACCCUUCCCUGCAACCUAACCCUCCCACCGCAGCCUAAACCUAACCUCCUCCCAAUGGCUUACCUAUGUGCAGUGCCGGCAGUCCAUCGUUCGGGAUUCCAACGCCGGCUUUGUGAUCCAUGUCAGGAUCCCGGCGUCUGUAUUCCAACUGCCGGGAUCCCGACUGGAUCCCCUUCAGACAGCUGCAUGUUAUAAGCAGUAUUAAAACAGCCAUACCGCACAAGAGGAUUGACUUUUCUUUAACUAGCAGGUUAAUUACCCUCUGAAGCAUGCACCCGAUAGUCAUUGUUCCCAGCUGUGCUCCUGUAAAUCAUUAUCUCCUUUUCAAAAUCUCUGUGGAGGGUGCAAAGUAUUUUUCAGUAGACAGAGCUCUGAGGGUAAUUCCAAAGUCUCUCUGCUCACUAUAUUAACUGACUUGUGCUUGCCAUGAUGGGCGUAUGACACUGCAGAAUUCUGAAUCUAGCAUUCUGAAGUAAAUAUGGUAAUUACCAAGAUUCUUCUCCAUGGCCUGCUACAGUGUUAUGUUCCAGGGGGAAUCUAGGUUUUCCAUAGGAUAUCUGCUGUAAGGGUCUAUAGGACCCCGUGUAACUCUCCAGAGCUCCUGUGUGAGCCAGCACCAAUCCCCCACUCGCACUUCAUGUAGCGCAAAGUGAAAUGAACUGAGCAACGACACUGAGGUACUCCCCACCCCAUACCUCAUAUAUCAUGACUACUAGAGAUUUGUGUCUUGAGACGUACCAGUUUCUGGUCAUCCCAAUGUUUUAUUUUUGCCGGGCCGUUACUGAAAUGUUUAUUGCUGGGACACACAGCAUACUUGCACGCAUUUGUGUUAUUUGCCAAUAUUUUGGGGGUGGUCGGCUCCUAAUUGCACUUAUUACUCCACUAUCCUGCCAGUACUUGAGCGCUUUCUGUGACCCCCACCCAUCCCAAAAACCGCAUACACUGGAAAGUUGUUUUUAUUUUAUACUUUUUUUUUUUUUUGUACAUUGUAUUUUUAUUUGCUGUUUCUAAUAUGUUUGUUUUUAUGUUAUGACCGCACUUUAUAUUGUUUUGCAUUUGUAAUUUAUUUUGAACAAAUGGUGCGAAAUACAAAAACUCUGUUCCGAUGAAA